CGAAAAUAAAUAAACUAAAUCAGAUACUUUGUAUGAGCACGGCACACAGAUUGAAGACUAAUACUGUUGCUGAUUUCAUUAGAACACAAUAACAUCGCAAGUCGGCAUCAGUAGCGAAAGGAGCUGUACGAUUCUUUGUGUGUUGAGCGCACGGUCAGCAAUACAUUAGUUUAUGUGUAUAUGUCAUUGUAUUGCAGGAUUUCAAAAUUCUAACGUCGCCACACUGUUACACCGCGAGCCAUUUUGAUUUCUUCGUUAUAAUCAUAUUUGGAGUUAGUUUAUCACAACGACCGGACGCAAGAACGAGCAUUCAACCAAUUCAACUUUACUGAAUAGAAAUAUCCCAAAGUGAAAAUUACUCGUUUCGUCUGAAAUUCGUCAUCAAAAUCCGUUACCAAAGAUGAAUUCCAAAAUGUUAGAGCAUUUGAGCGGUCGUCCAAUUGCAUCGAUCGUCAAUGCAUCAAGCGAAAAAUACAAUUCAAACGCUUUGAAAAUGAUGUGCAUUCUGGAUUAUCAAUUAGAAAAUUCGGGAUUUUAUCAGGAUAAGGAGAUAGUGGCGAUGCCAAAACUGAUGAGGCAAUUGCUGAACGUGCAUUCAUUUGCUUCGUUCAAGUACAUCAAAUACCGGAACGCAGCAGAAGUUAAUGACAAAGUGUUGAAAUGCAAGUAUUGCCAAUUGAUUGGUCCUUAUUUGGUGGUGCUGGAGCUCAUGGUCAUCAAUCAUGACUUUCAUGCCAGUGCCGUAUUGUGUAUGUGGUGCGAAAAAGACGAUUUUGAAACCCACAACACUUCCAAAUCAUUGGACGUGUGCUACAGCAAAUAUUUGGAAAAGCUCAGUAGCAUCCAUUUUCCCGCGGUGAUUGUCAAAUUUUACGAUUUAUUAAAGAGAUUGGCAAAAGCGCUUGACAUGAAAACCGAUCGUAGUAGGUACUUCAAAAAUGCAAUGUUCGAUAGCCUUGAAACCAUUCCGCUUGACCAAACCGAUGACUCGAUGAGCAGCAAAAUUGUUGUGUCCAUGCCAAGAAAGCGUAAAUACAAAGACACUGAUUUGCGCCCAAUGGAAAAGUUAUACCGCAAAGCGAUGACGUACUUUUACAAGGAUCAGGCGCAUGAUUACAUCGACAGCACUCUCGAUGUGAAUUCAACCAGUACAACUCAAUCGAUGUUUCGUUCAUUUUCUUCGAGUUCAAGUUCGAAUAGAAAAUCCAAUGUCAGCACACAAAUGAAUAUCGGAAACGAUUCGACGAAAUUCACGAUGCCAUUUCCAUUCACUCGUCAUGACUCGCCGAAAACACCGUCUCCAUUUGAUGUGUCCAGUUCAUCGUCACAAUUUGUCACGCCACCACCACUGGCUCUGCCUGAUUUUCAACCGUUGCCGCUGUAUGGGAUGCCGACACAAGCAUCUUGUAUUGGCAAGUCGUUCUUGUCUGCAUUGGACAACAUUCCAGACGAACAGAUGAAAAAGCAAGCCACACUGGAAAUUAGACGCAUCAUCAAGGAAUUUUCCGCUAAAGACUUGGCCAAGCAAAUGAAUGAAGACAGCCAUGACUCUGAUGACUGAUUUAUUUUUUUGACAGAAUGUCUUUUUUUUACUAAUUUUCAUUAAAAAUAUUCGAUUUCAUUUUCCGUAGUGCCAAAAAAAUCCAAAUGAUUUUGUUUAAAACCAACAAAUACAUACAUUUCAAAUAUCAAUUAAAUUUAUUUUAGAAAUAAAAUAUGUUCGGUUUUUCAUUUUUCUCUUCAAUAUUGAGGUUGAGAGCUCUUUUUGGCAAUGUAGGCAAUUUACCUACACGUAUAUUUCGAUAUGUAUAAAAACAAGAAUUGGAAACGGAUUUUCAGUCAUAGAUUACAAUGUAUUGAAUCGAUAUUGAGAGCUCAUUAGAAUUUACGUUGGAUAUGUUUGCACUUUUUUAAAUGAAUAGUUGAAGAAAAUUCAAUGCGUAACGAAACAGAACAACUCUUGUUUGUCUUAAUUUUUCGUUUGUUUAACUGAAAUUUUAAUCCUUCAAUCGGUUUUUUUACUUUCUUUUAUGGGAUUUGC